AUGGCAAAGACAAGGCCUGAGGCUGUGGGUUUUACUUCUAAUGGGACCUUUUCAACCAGAGCAGGGAGCUCAGGACCAAUACUGACAAUGCUGCUCUCCACUUCUGCACGACGGGUUGAAUGUAACAGGAGAAUUGUAGAUUGGGAUUUGAUAUUGCUGGAUUUGGCUUAUAUUUCCAGUGAGUUGUUUGAACUGCGGAACCGUCUAUCAGACAUUUUCCUGUCACGUGGUACCUCAAAUAUCAGCAUCUCAUUGGCCAGGACUCUGGGUGGGCGGGAAGAACAGGAGAGACCAAUGGGGAUGGGCCAAGUGGGAAGCGGAGGCUCUGCUCACACGCAUGCUCAGUGCCCUUUGGCUGACCGCAGGAAGAGCUGUGUCCUAGAUCGCCGCAGCGGGUGUGGGUGUGGGGUACCUGUGUGCUGGCUUGCCUGGCUACACAGCCAACCUGCAUUCUGUGGAAACUGGCAGAUAGGCCGGUAUCUGCCUCAGGCUUGCAAGGAUAGGCCAUUUCAGAGUCACAGAGAACAAACCGUGGCCUCAGCCAUGAGCCCAGCAGCUUCAAGCAGUCUCUUCUUGGCCUGCAGCCUAACAUUGGCAACAUUGUUUGCAGCAUCCUGGGAGAUUAAGAUGAAUGAUGUAGAUGAGAAGGAUGUUGAUGAAUUCAACUCCAAUGGCUUUAAGUGCCCAACAUGCUUUGCAGUGAUGGGAAGAAAGUGUGACAAUGAGCUCAAGUGGUGCACAGCAGAUAAAAUGAAGUGUGUUGAGUUUUCUGGUGUCAUAAACACAGGUCUUAAAGACAUUGCUGUUGAAAUGAAGAAAUGCAUACAAGCAGACCUAUGCAAAGAGAUGAUAACUUAUAUGGGUUUUCCAAUUGCUAAUGAGAGUAAAACCUGCAGAUCAGCCAUCAGAAAUGGGGCCAGAGUCAGACCCCCAGCUCCCAUCUUUUUUGUUCUCUUUCUUAAGAAGCUGCUUCACUGAGCUCCUGCAAGAGCCCAACUAUCUCCAUUUAUGAAAUAAAUGUGGGGUGGUUUUUUGGUUUUGGAUUUA